GAAAAUUUCAACUCGUGAGUCACUUUUAUAGUAGGUUCCUUCAUUUUGUAACACAAGAAGAACUGUCUUCUUUUCCGGAAGACAUGCGUCCAAGUCACUGCCGUGUCGUACAGGGUUUAUGCCUUUCUAAUGGUCCUAGAGGCCUAUCUUGAACUUUUGUAUAGGAACCAAAGAGGUCAAGAACUAGGAAUCAAUGGGCCUUCUUUCUUCUAUUCUUGUCGUUGCAAAUUUACUCUGUUUCUUGUUUAAAAUCUGCUAUGGUGUAGACAGCAUAUCUCCAUCCCAACCUUUAAGCGACGGUAACAUCAUAGUGUCCAGAGAAGGAAAAUUUGUACUCGGUUUCUUCAGUCCUGGAAGUUCCAAGAAUCGUUACCUGGGAAUUUGGUACCAGAGCAUCCCAGUUCAAACUGUUGUUUGGGUUGCAAACAGAGUUAGCCCAAUCAACGAUUCAUCUGGGAUUUUGAUGAUAAACAGCACUGGAAAUCUUAACCUCAUUCACAAUGAUUCGGUUGUUUGGUCAGCAAGCACUUUGAAAGAAGCUCAGAGUCCAUUGUUACAGCUCUUGGAUACCGGGAAUCUUGUGGUAACAGAUGGCAAUUCAGGAGACUAUUUGUGGCAAAGCUUUGACUACCCAUCUGAUACAAUUUUAGCAGGAAUGAAACAUGGUUGGGAUUUAAAGAGACGUCUCAACAGGCGCUUAAUUGCAUGGAAGAACUGGGAUGACCCAUCUCCUGGAAACUUUAUUUUUGAGAUGACACUUCAUAACUACCCGGAAGCUUAUUUGUGGCAAGGCUCAACUAUAUACUUCCGUACUGGUCCUUGGAAUGGCUAUGGCUUCAGUGGUUCACCUGGACUAAAGUCAAAUCCAGUGUUUGCCUUCGAAUUUGUGUACAAUCAAGAUGAGAUCUACUUCAUGUAUACCCUCAAACAGGCACUCCUUUCAAGAGCACUUCCCAACCAAACUAACUCUAUGUUUCAACGCUUCACAUGGACAGAACAAAGUUGGAAGCUUUAUUCAUCUCUGCCUAUAGACCGCUGUGAUACCUAUGCCCUUUGUGGGGUUUAUGCAAGGUGUCUUGUUACUGACUCUCCGGUCUGUCAAUGUUUGAAGGGAUUCAAACCGAAGUCGGAAAAAGGAUGGGAUUCAAUGGAUUGGUCCCAAGGAUGUGUACGUAGUAAACCAUUGAGCUGCGAGGAUAAAAGUACACAUGGGUUUCUUACAUUUCCUGGAUUGAAACUCCCAGAUACCACACACUCGUGGGUAAACACAAGUAUGAAUCUGAAGGAAUGCAGGGCAGAAUGCUUGAAUAACUGUUCUUGUAUGGCUUAUACAAACUCAGAUAUCAAAGAAGGUACUGGCUGCGCUAUCUGGUUUGGUGAUUUAGUAGAUAUUAAACAGUUUCCAGCUGGUGGACAGGAUCUAUACAUUCGAAUGCACCCUUCAGAACUAGGUAUGGAAGAUGGUCAUAAGAAGAAGAUAACAGUGCUAGUUGUGUGUUCCGUUGUGAUAGCUUCUGGAAUGCUCUUAGCUAGCUAUUUGAUUUUUAGAAUCAGGAAAAACUUAAAAGAGAAAAUGGAGAGAAGUAGAACAACGGGUCAUAGCAGCAGGGGUAAAGAAGAAGAUAUGGAGCUUCCAAUGUUCGACCUGUCCACAAUUUCUAGAGCCACUGAUGACUUCUCACUUAACAACAAACUUGGAGAAGGUGGUUUUGGACCAGUAUACAAGGGUGUACUAGAUGGACAAGAAAUUGCUGUAAAGAGGCUUUCUAGGAGUUCAGGACAAGGACAGAACGAAUUCAAAAAUGAAGUUAUACUGAUUGCAAAACUUCAGCAUCGAAAUCUUGUUAAGCUUCUUGGUUGUUGCAUUGAGGGAGAAGAGAAGAUGCUGGUGUAUGAAUACAUGCCAAAUAAGAGCCUGGACUUUUUCAUUUUUGAUGAAACAAAAGGUAAAGUUGUGGAUUGGUCCAAGCGCUUCCAAAUCAUAUGUGGGAUUGCUAGGGGGCUUCUCUAUCUCCACCAAGAUUCUAGAUUGAGGAUUGUACAUAGAGAUCUCAAGGCAAGUAACAUUUUACUUGACAGUGAGAUGAAUCCCAAAAUAUCAGAUUUUGGCAUGGCUAGAAUAUUUGGGGGGGAUCAGACAGAAGGAAACACAAACAGAGUGGUUGGGACUUAUGGUUAUAUGGCACCAGAGUAUGCAUUUGAUGGACUCUACUCAACAAAAUCUGACGUUUUUAGCUUUGGAAUCUUGUUGAUGGAGAUAGUAAGUGGAAAGAAAUCUAGAGGGCUGUAUCACCAAGACCAAAAAGGGAACCUUAUAGGACAUGCAUGGAGACUAUGGAAAGAAGGCAGGCCUUUGGAGCUGAUGGACGCUUGCUUGACCGACUCAAACAACCUCUCAGAAGUGUUGCGCUGUAUCCAUGUUAGUCUCCUAUGUGUGCAGCAACGUGCUGACGAUAGGCCGAGCUUGUCAACUGUUCUUUUAAUGUUGGGUAGUGAAAGUGUAUUGCCGCAGCCCAAAGAACCUGGUUUCUUCAUAGAUAAGGGGCCACAUGAUGCAAAUUCUUCAUCAAGUAAGAAUGAAUCAUCCUCAACCAACGAAGUAACCAUUACAUUACUAGACCCUCGAGAGAGAGCAAUAGAGAUGAAUUCUUUUAUGUUUCAGGUUACCAUCUUACUUCUUCUAUUCUCUUCUUGCACCAAUGCAGCAGAUAGCAUUACUCAAUCCCAGACAGUCAGUGAGGGCAGGACAUUGGUUUCCGCAGGUGGAAGCUUUGAAUUGGGUUUCUUCAGUCCAGGUAGUUCCAACAACCGUUACUUGGGAAUAUGGUACAAGAAUAUCCCAGUUACAACAGUUGUUUGGGUAGCAAACCGAAGCAACCCAAUCAAAGACUUGUCUGGUGUGUUGAUGAUAAACAGCACAGGCAAUCUUGUUAUUCUUAGCCACAAUACUAGUAUUGUUUGGUACGCGAAUUCAACAAAACAGGCUUCAAAUCCAGUAGUACAGCUUUUGGAUACUGGGAAUUUAGUACUAAGAGAUGGGAAUGAUGGAAAUUCAGGAAACUAUUUGUGGCAAAGCUUUGAUUAUCCUUCUGAUACAUUGUUACCAGGAAUGAGGGUUGGAUGGGACUUGAAAUCCGGUCUUGACCGGACUUUAUCAGCAUGGAAGAACUGGGAUGAUCCAUCUCCUGGAGACUUUACCUGGGGAAUAGAACUUCAUGACAAUCCUGAAGCAGUUAUGUGGAAAGGCUCGGUGGUGUACUACAGGAGUGGCCCGUGGAAUGGCCUUAGAUUCAGUGGUGCACCGGAUUUAAGGCCCAACCCUGUUUUCGAGUUCAAUUUUGUCUCGAAUGAGAACGAGGCUUACUAUGAGUACCACCCCAUAGAUAAAUCAAUAAUCUCAAGAAUGGUUAUGAACCAAACCAACUAUUCCCGUCAACGCUUUAUUUGGGUUGAAGCAGAUUCAACUUGGAGCCUGUAUGCAUCUGUGCCUAGAGACAAUUGUGACAGCUACAACCUCUGUGGUGCCUAUGGAAAUUGUAUCAUUGGUGAUUCACCAAUCUGUCAGUGUAUGAAAGGAUUCCUGCCUAAAUCACAAGAAACAUGGAACCCAAUGAACUGGUCUCAAGGAUGCGUACGCAGGACUCAAUUGAGUUGCCAAGAUAAAGAUAAAGAUGGGUUUCUUAAAUUUGGUGGGCUCAAGUUGCCAGAUGCUACAAACUCUUGGGUGAGCAAAAAUAUGAGUCUUGAAGAAUGCAGGAUCAAAUGCUUGAACAAUUGCUCAUGUAUGGCUUAUACAAAUUCGGAUAUCAGAGGAAGAGGCAGUGGCUGUGCCAUCUGGUAUGGUGAUCUAACUAAUAUCAGACAACUUUCAGAUGGUGGGCAGGAUCUAUAUGUUCGAAUGCCUGCUUCAGAGUUAGGAGAGGCCAAAACGGAGCAAAAGACAAGGGUUAUAGUGAUAGUUGUAGUUGCACUUGUCGCUGCCAUAGUUUCUGGGAUGUUCAUAACUGCCUACAUCACUUGCAAAAGCAGGACAAAGUUCAGAGAAAAAAUGGAGAACAGUGUGAUCAUAGAUCGGAGCAUUGGAAGCCAAAAAGAAGAGUUGGAUCUCCCAUUCUUCGACCUAGCUACAAUUGAAAAAUCCACUGACAAAUUUUCAAGCAAAUACAAGCUUGGGGAAGGUGGAUUUGGACCUGUAUACAAGGGUACACUAACAGAUGGACAAGAGAUUGCUGUAAAGAGGCUUUCACAAAGUUCUGGGCAAGGAUUGAAUGAGUUCAUAAAUGAAGUACUAUUGAUUGCCAAACUUCAGCAUCGAAAUCUUGUUAGGCUUCUUGGUUGUUGCAUUGAAGGAGAGGAGAAAAUGCUAAUCUAUGAAUAUAUGGCCAACAAAAGUCUAGAUUCCUUCAUUUUUGAUGAAGAAAGAGGCAAAAUUCUACCAUGGUCUAAGCGGUUCCACAUUAUUAAUGGCAUUGCUAGGGGGCUUCUUUAUCUUCAUGAAGAUUCCAGACUAAGGAUUAUACACAGAGAUCUUAAAGCAAGUAAUGUGUUACUUGAUAGUGAGAUGAACCCAAAAAUAUCAGAUUUCGGUUUGGCUAGAACCUUUGAGAAAAAUCAAACUGAAGGAAACACAAAUAGAGUAGUUGGAACUUAUGGAUACAUGGCACCUGAGUAUGCCAUUGAUGGGCUUUUCUCAAUAAAGUCUGAUGUUUUUAGCUUUGGGAUAUUAUUGCUAGAGAUAGUAAGUGGAAAGAAGAAUAGAGGGUUUUUCCAUCCAAACCAUAGUCUUAAUCUCAUUGGACAUGCAUGGAAAUUAUGGAGAGAAGGUAGGCCUUUGGAACUAAUUGAUAUGUGCUUUGACGACUCUUGCACUCUACCGGAGAUGUUGCGUUGCAUCCAUGUUAGUCUCUUAUGUGUGCAACAGCAUCCUAAGGAUAGGCCUAACAUGUCAUCUGUGGUUAUGAUGUUAGGCAGCGAAAGUUUACUAUCUGAACCUAAAGAACCUGGUUUUCUUAUUGGAAAAAAUUCACUUGAUGCAGAUUCAUCAUUGAGCAAGCAUCAAUCAUCUUCAACCAAUGAGAUGUCUAUUACACUACUAGAGGCUCGAUAAAGGAUCAUUCUAUUAUAUGUGUCAACAAUAUUGUUCACUAUACUUUUAGUAACUUAGUAUUCUAGUAUUCCAAUACUCGAGUAUGUUGUGUUAAUCUUCUUUGACACUAGAAUUUUAUGAUUCAUUUUGCACUAGUUAAGAAA